AUGCAAUUGCUACUCCAACGACAUGCGAUUUGUGUAACGAUGUUUGUGUGUCCAAUUCUAAUAACGCAAUGCGAAAAUAGCGAUGGGUAUAAAGAGGUAUCCAACAGACGACUUACCGAUAAGAUUGCGGAGAAAGCCAAGCAAACUGUCGUUGACAUCGGUGAAGUGAUGAAAUCUCAACAAUCUGUCUUGGAAUGUAACGGCAAAAAAUUUGCUAAAUUUAUAGAUGUCCAAACAACAAUAUUUUCGUAUUUUAUCAGUGUUGUGAAAAUGCUCCUAAAGAAUGUUGUUGGCAUAUUCGAUAUUGGCUCACGUAAGCAUUUCGAUUUCUGGAAUAUGAGUACCUGA